GCUCAUUCUGUGGCGGGAGAUUCCAGCAUGGUGGUGCAAUCGAAACAGGGUCUGUCCAUGGAUAGUGUUGCAGAACAUGGUUUUCUCAGCUUUUUUUUUCUCCAUGCCUGAAAAGCCCGACACCUCUGUCAGGCUGUUUGAUUGCAGUGAUUAUUUCACUGUGCACAGGAAAGAUGCACAGUUUGCUGCAAAGGAGGAAGUGCAGCGAGGGGGCAUUCUCAUCACGGACUGGAAGAAGGCAGAGUUCAGCACCAAGGACGUUGUGCAGGACCUGAACCGACUGCUGAGAGCCGAGAAGGGGGAGCAGGUCUCCAGUGCUGCCCUGCCUGAAACGGAGAAGCAGGUGGGGUGAAAUCCAGCCUCUACAUUCUUCUGAUGGGACUACAGGGUGCCGAUUAAGUCAGACAUCACAGGCACUACAAUUAUGCCUAUCAGGACGCCCGUUAAAUUGAACUGCCACUCCCUGUUGAUUAUCUGCACCACCCUUCAAAAUGUGUUCCCCUUUGCUAAGACAUUUUGUGCCUGAUGCCUAACU